AACUCAAUCUAACCCAAAUGUUGAUAACCAAACCCAAACUACACAUCAGUUGAUCAGUUUUUUCGGAUCAUUUGAUUUUUUUAACACUCCUAUUUGGGACCAAACCCACUCUCCCAAGUUUUUAUCUUUAAAGAAAAAAAAAUCGGAAAUUGGAAGUACUUUGAGGUGGAAGCGCUUUGAAGGGCCAAAUCAGAAGUGCUUUUACAAGUUGAAGGUGAGAUUGAGACAGGCUUUUGUUUUGUCGCUCGAUCUAUAUUGAUUCUUGCGUAUCUCAUCGGCUCUUCGUUGCUUUGAGGGGGUUUAUGAUAAUGUUAGAAAAAACAGCGAAUGACAAAGGCCAAGUGUAGAACUAAGCUUUCAGUUUCACCACCACAGUUUCGUUUAGUCGCGUCUUCUUUUUCUUAUUGCACGUCGUUCUCUUCUCGCCGUGCUUCUCAUCUUUCCAUGGCUCCAAACAAAUCUGAUAGCGAUAGCCACUAUCCCAAAAGAAUUGGGCUCAGCCCAUUUGGAGUUUCGUGGCCCAAAAGGUCCAAAAUUCUACGACCCUUUUCUCGGUGGUCGGCGGCUUGGCCAUGACUUUUAUAAGUUGUAAACUCCAAAAUUCUAUUUUGUCACCCUCUCGUCUCGGUUCGUCUGCCAUGGCUGCCUCCCUUUCAAGCUCUCAGCUGUAUUUACAAACUCCCCGAGGUUUUCCUUCUAAAAAUGUCCCUUAUAGACGUAGUUUCAGAAAUGGGAAGGCAAUGUUUAAAUUCAGUAAGGUAGAAUUAUGGGACAAGGGACUGAAGAAAGUUGGGGAAAACUCGAGAAGGUUCAAUCUAUUGAACUACGGAAAUGGGGAGGUGGAGGAAGAGGAUGAGGAUUACAAUUCCGUGGAGGAUAAGCAGUUUGUGCGGUGGUUUAGGGAGGCUUGGCCUUACUUAUGGGCACAUAGAGGAGGCACUUUCGUUGUGAUGAUUUCUGGGGAAAUUGUAUCUAGCUCUUACUUAGAUCUUAUUCUAAAGGACAUUGCUUUUCUUCAUCACCUUGGAAUUAGAUUCAUUCUUGUUCCUGGGACCCACGUUUUAAUUGACAAACUUUUGGUAGAGAGAGGAAGCAAGCCGAAUUUUGUUGGUCAAUACAGGGUUACUGAUAGCCAAUCUCUAGCAGCUGCAAUGGAAGCGGCUGGAGGUAUCAGGGUGAUGAUUGAGGCAAAGCUUUCCCCAGGACCUUCUAUCUGCAACAUUCGUAGACAUGGUGACAGUAGACGUUGGCAUGAAGUUGGUGUAAGCGUUGUUAGUGGCAACUUUCUUGCUGCUAAGAGAAGGGGAGUUGUUGAUGGUGUUGAUUAUGGGGCAACGGGUGAAGUUAAGAAAGUAGACGUAGCUCGCAUGCGUGAGAGGCUUGAUGGUGGUUGUAUAGUUAUAUUGAGCAACCUUGGUUAUUCUAGUUCUGGCGAAGUUCUGAAUUGCAAUACAUAUGAGGUUGCAACAGCAUGUGCCUUGGCUAUUGGAGCUGAUAAGCUUAUAUGCAUUAUUGAUGGUCCUAUUCUAGAUGAAGCUGGACGCCAUAUCAGUUUUCUAACUCUUCAAGAAGCAGACAUGUUAAUUCGUGAGAGGGCUAAGCAAUGUGAGAUAGCUGCAAAUUAUGUGAAAGUUGUUGGUAAGGAAGAUUUCACUCGUUAUAAUGAUUCGAAUGGGAGUAUCCAUCUGCAGAAUGGAACAGCUUCUUUGGAAGAUCAUACUCCAUUCCAGAAUGGGGUAGGUUUUGGACCUCAUCAUAUGCCAGUAUUCCAAAAUGGAGUUGGUUUUGGGAAUGGAGCAGGGCUUUGGUCCUCUGAACAGGGUUUUGCAAUUGGAGGUGAGCGGAAUAGCCAUAUGAACGGUUACCUCUCAGAAUUGGCUGCUGCAGCUUUUGUUUGCCGGGGUGGUGUUCAAAGAGUACAUUUGCUAGAUGGCACUAUUGGAGGAGUUUUAUUGCUGGAAUUGUUUAAGAGAGAUGGAAUGGGCACCAUGGUAGCCAGUGAUCUUUAUGAGGGAACACGAAUGGCCAGAGUGUCUGAUCUUCGUGGAAUUAGACAAAUUAUACAACCUUUAGAAAUGGCUGGUACCUUGGUUCGUAGAACUGAUGAAGAGCUACUUGAAUCACUGGACUCGUUUGUUGUUGUUGAGAGAGAAGGUCAAAUCAUUGCAUGUGCUGCUCUCUUCCCUUUCUUUGAAGAGAAAUGUGGAGAGAUUGCUGCUAUCGCAGUUUCUGCAGAGUGCCGAGGGCAAGGGCAAGGCGACAAAUUGCUUGAUUACAUGGAAAAGAAGGCCGCCUCCCUAGGACUGGAUAGGCUCUUUCUGCUGACAACACGAACGGCAGACUGGUUUGUGAGGCGUGGUUUCUCAGAAUGUUCAUUUGAAUCAAUACCUGAAAAGAGGAGAAGUAAGAUAAAUCUAUCCCGAAAAUCAAAGUACUACAUGAAGAAGCUGUUGCCAGAUAGGAACAGGAUUGGUAGUGUCGAUAGGGCCUUUGCUUGAGGUUUAAUGGAGCAUUGAAGAAGCAUUCCAUUCCAUAUGUUGGUCAGGAAUAACAUAUGUUUUGACCAUAAGAAAGCAAAAUUUCCUCUUGGCUACCUGAUACUCAUGGUCCUUGUUUUAUCCUGUAUCCAUGUCAGUCGUCACCUCGUCAUACUGGAUGAUCAUACGUAGUUCACCAAGACGUACAUAUUCUUGCUGAAAAGAAGUUGAUUAUAGGUCUCCUUAUAAAAUUUUGAUUGUCUACAUCAUAUCAAUCCAAUGCAAUGUAUUUGUGACACCAAGGUUGUAUUUAUACUUUGUUUGGCAAAUGAAGUACAUAAAUAGUGCCUUUAGAAAAAACUAAAAGGAGUAUAGAAAUAGCGACAAAGUCAAAAGGGUUCCCCGAUGAAUUUUUUAUUCUCUACAUAAUAUUAAAAACAAUCUAAUGCCACAGGUUGUAAUUAUGCUUUGAUUUGGCAAA